ACCAGGAAUUUUACGUUUAUGAGACUGUGCGCUUGUCAUCUCACAGGUUCUGUGGUAGACCACCGUCUGGAGUGCUCAGUGCUCAACGAGGCAUACGCACACGGAAAAAGCUCUCGAAGGUUGAAGCGAUCUCCAAAGAAUUCUUGACCGGAGUCUCGAUCGAUAUGGCUCCCGGUAUCCUGCAAGACCUGAGUCCGGAGACUUUGGUCAAAAAGCACUACAGCGAUGCUCUGGAAGACCAGAAGAUCAUCCAGAAGGCCGCUCCGGUCAAUGGUCUGAAGCACUCUGGGCCGCAGGGCCACAUUGAGCCCUUCACCAUUGUGGACGACCCAUCAGCAUGGCUUGCAGCAGACUACAAGAACAAGCAAGACGCAUACAUCUACACACUGACCCCAGAAGACAUCAAGGAAGUCGAUGCAGCCAUUGCCCUGGUGGAGGAGGGGGGUCUGCGCAUCGAGGGAAACCUGGUGCACAUCCAGGAGAGGGUGCCCAGCCGUGAGGAGUUCCCUCUGCCCAGCCUCGGCCCCAAACUGGAAGCACUCCGGGAGGAAGUGCGCAUCGGACGCGGCUUCCAACUGCUGCGGGGCCUUCCUGUGGACCGGUACACAAGGCUGCAGACCCUCAUCGCCUACUGGGGCUUUGGCCUUUACUGGGGGAAUGUGGUGUCGCAGAAUGCCAAGGCCCACAUCGUCGGCCAUGUCAAGAACAUUGGGCAUGACGUAAAGACGCCCACGACGCGCGUGUAUGCGACGCCGCUCGCGCAGCCGAUGCACACGGACAGCGCCGACAUCGUGGCUCUGCUCAGCCUCAAACUGUCCAAGGAGGGCGGCCUCAGCAGCUGGUCUUCCUCUGUCAGCGUCCAUAACGAGCUCCUCAAGCUCGGCCGCAAGGAUUUGGUGGAGGAGCUGACUAAGGCGCAGUGGUGGGUGGACCGGAAGGGGGAGAUUCCACCUGGCAAGAAGGAGUACUUCCAGCUCCAGAUCUUCCACUACUACAAGGGGUAUUUGAGCUCGCCCUACCUGCCGACCUACUACGAGCUGGCGCAGCGCCACGCGGACGUCCCCCGGCUCAGCGACAAACAGGUGGAGGCGAUCAGGCUGUACAACGCGCUGGCGCUGAGCGACAAGCUGCGGCUGGAUAUUCUGCUGCAGCCGGGAGACAUCCAGCUGCUGUCCAACCACACCCAACUGCACACCCGCUCCGCAUUUGUCGACUACGCCGAGGUGGAGAAGAGGCGGCACCUGCUGCGGCUGUGGGUGGCGCCCACCAACGACCGGCCACUGCCGGAGGAGUACGCGGAGCUGUGGGACUCUACGGAACCCGGCAAGCGCGGGGGGAUCUACAUCGACGGAACGCCCCUCACAGUCCCGCUGGAGGCCGAGUAG